AUGCCACUGGUGCGUCAGGGCUGCAUACACGAUGUCUUUCAAAGCUGGAUUUGUGCGGCGCGGCCCUCGCAACUUCGUCGUGAGACUGCCAUUCGGAACAUCAUACAUGCCGUUCUUCAGCGACUUGUCGUUCUGCACCGCGGCGGCGGAGCCCAUGGAAGUAUAAAGGCAAGUAACAUUUUUGUCUCCUCCCACGUUCUGGAGGCGUUGGAGGCGAUGAAUGCGCUUUCAACACGGCGCAUGGAUCCGCUACCAGUCUCUUCGGUGGUGGGGGGCGCCACGGAGCUGUGGCGGGAAAUGUUGCUGGACACGACUGAGGCGCGAGAAGGCAACGUGGAGGUCGUUAGUCGCAGCAGUAGCAGUAGCAGUAGCCCCAGCGCCAGAGGGAAUGGCGGGGAUGAGGCUGCUGUUGGAGUCGCCGCAGGAGCAGUAGGGGUUUGCAGCGAGUCCACAGACCUGCUUGACUCGCUGGAGUGGACGAAGCACGUCGUGCUCGCAGACGGGUACUAUGCGCAGGUGGAGAAGACACUGGUGUCGGCGCUCAGACAAAGUGCCGACGAGGCCGCGUCCGCUCCAGACGCGUUUUCUAAGUGUGCCCCCCUCAAGUUGGCUAAGGAGUUUCAGACUUCCGUUGGCCUUGAGAAUGCCAAGUCACAGAGUGUCGGGGCUGAGAUGGAUGCACUGCAUCUUUUUACCCUGCAGGAGGGGACGUACAUUCCGCCGCCCGAGUGCAUUACAAAUGAGGGGGUCGCAAGCGACGGGGCUGCGGUGGAGGCGCAGAGUACCUCCUCGCAACUGGACUCCGCGAAGGGGGCUGAGACGGGCCCUGCGCCCCCAUUUCGGACAACAAAUAACACGCUGAAUCCGCGUUGUCCGGUGUUGCCGUCACACGACAUUUGGAUGCUCGCGAUGCUGGCCAUUCACUUGGCCGAUGGCGGUUGUCCUUGGUGGAUGAAGCGACACCAUCGCCCGCUGCCUCGGCUACGCUGCGGCGCGUGGUCGCUGCGGUUUGCCUCCUUUGUGCAGCGCUGCGCCUGCGCGGACCCGGCCCAACGCCCCAGCGCGGAGGAGCUGCUGCAGGACAAGUGGUUUCACACUGUCUUGCUGGAGGAACCCGGAAACGCGUUGUCGUCGUCGCCACAUCGGCCUCCCUCGCAGCAGGCGCCACCCGGCGGCGGCGGCAGCAGCAGCAGCGUUUUUCCGCUUCGGCGCCCUUGCCGGCGGGCGUUCCACGACCUCAUGCUGGAAUAUCAAGAGUACGCGGAGGGAUGGUGUGCACGGUUGUCCCGCGCGGCCAUAAGUGCUGCGGCGGUGCAGGGGGGCUCUUUUCCCGAUCCCACCCAAGACAUGGAAGGCUCUGUUGUUAUCAACGCAUCUGCCACUGAACCACAUGCGUUAGAAAUGACCACUCGACUAGAAAAGGACCGCCCGAGACUUCUCUUUUCACGAAAUGCUAGCAGCAACCAGGGCAGCAGCGGCAGCUCCAAGGGUAGUAGUACCAGUAGUAGUGGUAGUUGUAGGAGCGGCAAUAGAGAAGAUAUGAGCGGGACCUCGUUGCGGGGAGAAGUGCGGAGCCCGGGCGGCUUUGCGGCCAGCACGGAAAGUUACCCUGGCGACGGCUGCUCUAUGGUCUCUCCUCAGACAACACCCUUUUUCCUUGGUGCCAUGGGGGUUGCAUUGGAGCUGUGCGGGGCUGAGGCGGCACUCGACGCCGAGGAAGCGGCGACAGAGACGGGUGGGGGCGUGUCUUCCCGCAAGGGCGGCGGCGGCGGUGGCGGGGGUAAACGCAGUCCACUGCAAGAAGGGCGCCCGCACCACUGCGACCCCGCGUGGGACGCCAGCCUCGACGCCGGCAGCGAGAAUCAGAGGCUCAUUGGUGAACUCAUGCAGGCCUUCUGGAACUUGCAUCGCGAGUGUCGACUGGCGUCGGACCUGUGGUGCGUGCACCUGAUGAAGCACAUGCGCCUCGACGGCAGGACCGCGGAGUUGGUGUCCCCGCUCCUAACGGAGGAGACAAUUCCCUUCUUCGCUGUCCCUGAGGGGGAGGCGCAGGCGACGGCGCUUGCCAAGGGCAACGCUUUGCGCAUCGCGAAUCCCACGACCGUCGUCGCCGCCCCUCACCAAGAGGGACUUGCUGCGUCUGCCACCGUGAAAUCGCCGCCGCCGCCGCCGCAGCUCCCGUCCACCUCCGGCUCCACAAAUGCACCGCUGGUCGAUGUUAGCCCCACCGCGUUCCAUAACUACAUGUUCUGUAAGUGGUGCGUAACGACUUCGUGGGCGCUGCAGCAGGAUGGCAGGGGUGGUGGGAACGAGAGCAGGCGAUGA